AUGGUGAAAGAAGAUCGUGCAACCUGGAAGGCGAAAUACACAAUGCGUUUAACGCAAUACUUGGACGAAUACCCGAAGAUCUUUGUCGUCGGUGCUGAUAACGUUGGUUCACGUCAAAUGCAAAAGAUCCGUGUUUCGCUUCGUGGACAUGCUGUUAUCAUGAUGGGCAAAAAUACCAUGAUGCGAAAAACAAUCCGUGGUCAAGUAGCUAAGAACAGCAAUUUGGAAAAACUUUUGCCGCAUGUCUAUGAAAAUGUCGGUUUCGUUUUCACAAAAGAAAAUCUAUCAUCGAUUCGAGACAAACUUUUGGAAAACAAGGUUGCUGCUCCAGCCCGUGCUGGUGCAAUUGCACCCGUCGAUGUUACUAUUCCAGCUCAAGUAACAAACUUAGGUCCUGAAAAAACAAGCUUUUUUCAAGCUCUUCAAAUUCCGACCAAAAUUACACGUGGUACCAUUGAAAUCAUUAAUGACGUGAGUUUAAUUAAAGUCGGUGAAAAAGUCGGUCCAAGUGAAGCAACAUUACUCAACAUGUUGAACAUUUCACCCUUUAGUUAUGGUCUUAUCAUUCGUCAAGUUUACGAUUCUGGUUCAUGCUUCGAACCCAAGAUUCUCGAUAUUAAACCAGAGGAUUUACGUGCUAAAUUUUCUCAAGGUGUUCAACGUUUAGCCGCAUUUUCGCUUGGUAUUAACUAUCCCAAUCAAGCAUCAGCACCACAUCUUGUUCUUGGUGGAUUUAAACGUUUACUUGGAUUGGCAGCUAAUAGUGAUGUUGAGUUUGAACAAGCUAAAACUCUCAAAGAAUACUUGAAAGAUCCAUCGAAAUUCGCCGCCGCAGCACCAGCCGCUAGCGCCCCAGCAGCAACUGGCGGUGCUAAAGCUCCAGCAGAAGAAAAACCGAAGAAAGCAGCCGAACCCGAGUCUGACGACGACGAUAUGGGCGGUCUCGACAUUUUCGGUUAA